GUACUUCAUCUUUUAGCUUCCCUCCACCACUUUAAAUAUUGGAGAACAUAAAGCCUAGCUUUGAUCUAUCCCUUCUUCUCAAUAACUUCCCCAGCUUUCUAGCAAUGAAAAUGAAUUCCAAGGCUCUCAAAUUCUUAAGCUUUCUGGUCCUAGCUAUCCUAGUUAUACUAUCUACGCUAGCAGAGAGUAGAGACAUUGAGAAAAAAGACAAGGGAAGCAACCAAGUAGAGGAUGAAAAGGCAAAAGGUUUAUGCUACAAAGGAUGUUGUGUUCGUGGCCUUUUAGGUCGUUGCAAGGUAUGCUGCGCUUAUGAUGGCCAGCCUCAAAUAGUUGUCGCAGAUGAUGAUGAUCAACCUAUGUCUCACCACAAAGGGAGUGAAGAAAAAGUGAAAACGGGGACAGAUGCUGCUGUUGAAGGAACCAAUGGUGGUGGACAUGGCGGAGGAAGAGGUGGCAGUGGCGGUGGUAGUGGUAGUGGUGGUGGACAUGGAGGAGGAAAGGGUGGCGGUGGCGGUGGUGGUGGUGGACAUGGAGGAGGAAAAGGUGGCGGUGGCGGUGGUGGUGGUGGACAUGGAGGAGGUAAAGGUGACGAUGGCGGUAGCGGUGGACAUGUAGGAGGGAGUGAAGAAAAAGUGAAAACGGGGACAGAUGCUACUGCUGAAGAAACCAAUGGUGGUGGACAUGGCGGAGGAAGAGGUGGCAGUGGCGGUGGUGGUGGUGGUGGACAUGGAGGAGGAAGAGGUGGCGGCGGUGGUGGUGGUGGUGGUGGACAUGGAGGAGGAAAAGGUGGCGGUGGUGGUGGUGGUGGACAUGGAGGAGGUAAAGGUGGCGAUGGCGGUGGCGGUGGUGGACAUGGAGGAGGUAAAGGUGGCGGUGGCGGUGGACAUGGAGGAGGCAAAGGUGGUGGUGGUGGUGGUGGUGGAGGUCAUGGAGGAGGCAAAGGUGGUGAGGGGGGAAGUCCAGGCGAUGGGUCGUGAUGAGAAAGUAAAAUCGAAACCCCUCUAUAUAUUAUAUAAUAGGUAGAGAGUAAGAAAAAAAGGAAAAAUGAGUGAAUAAAUUCUUGAAAAAUUUAAAAAAAAAAUGUUGCCUCAAGUAUGAAAAAGGGCUAGCUAGAUCACCUGAAGUUUACCUUCAAAAGGACAGUAGUCCAUGUAGCUCUUUUAUAUAUGUUAUGUACUUUUCAAGUUGAUUAAUGAUAUACAGUUUUAAAAAUUAAGAA